UGAGUGUAAAGAUGGCUGAUAUGUAUAUUAAUACAUACGGUAUGAAUGUAUUGAACGUAAUUGUAUUUCAAAUGCAGUCAAUGAGUGUAUGAGUGUUACUGACUGUAAGUUACAGUGAAAGCUGUGUUACAUUGCAUUUGCAAUCAUAGACUACAUUAACUGAACAUUCAUUGAUAUUAUAGUUAUUAGUGAAUCAGUGUUUUUCAAUGACAUGUUAACCAAAACAAUGCAUUGAUUUGAUUGUCAACACAAUCAUCACAGCUAUGAGUCAAUCGGAAACGACGGCUCAAAGCUCCACAAAUGAGACGCCAAAUGCCAGGCGAAGGCCACCACCGAUACUCGUGGCCAACAACGACGCCUCCGAUGCCAGUCAAACAUCUGGCGGACCAAAAACACCACAGACUCCCGGCCCGUCAUCAGCUGAUCGUAAAAAACUGGAAAGAGAAAGGAAAAUAGGUCACCGACGGGUCGAUGAAGGCGGACAAGUGACUUACAAGAAGAUCCAAACCACACAGAUUAUGGGAUCAAUUCAGUUAGGGAUUGGUCACGCAGUCGGCAGUCUAGCGUCUAAACCUGAAAGGGAUGUCCUGAUGAAGGACUUCAUGGAGAUCGAGACGGUUUCGUUCACUAAAGACGGUAGUAAUACAACACCGGCUCAUCACUACUCAGACUUUAAGUUCAAAGUGUACGCACCGAUUGCUUUCCGAUAUUUUCGUGAUCUCUUCGGUAUUCAACCGGAUGACUAUCUGUUGUCAGUUUGCAACGAACCGCUCCGUGAAUUGUCAAACCCGGGCGCUUCCGGUUCGGUCUUCUAUCUCACAGAUGAUGACAACUUUAUCAUAAAGACUGUUCAGCACAAAGAAGCGGACUUCCUAUUGAAACUAUUGCCCGGAUAUUAUAUGAAUUUAAACCAAAAUCCGCGGACACUUUUACCAAAAUUUUUUGGUCAAUACUGUUAUAUAUGUGGCGGUAAAAAUGUACGGAUAAUUGUUAUGAAUAAUCUAUUGCCCAGUUAUGUCAAAAUGCACCAAAAAUAUGACUUAAAAGGUUCGACAUAUAAGCGAAAAGCCAGUAAAAGUGAACGAAAGAAAGGUUCGCCAACUUAUAAGGACCUCGACUUCAUGGAGUAUCAUCCGGAAGGACUCUUUCUUGAAGCCGACACUUAUAAUGCAUUGAUUAAGACAAUGCAAAGAGAUUGUCUUGUCUUAGAAAGCUUUAAAAUAAUGGACUAUAGCUUGUUAUUAGGUAUUCAUAAUCUCGAUGAGGCCGCCAAUGAUAAACUUGAGAAACUGAAGGCACAAUCGGCAGCACUGGCUGAGGCCGCAGUCAAUAAAGCGAGAUUAAGAAGUGGUGCCAAAGAUGCUGUCGACCAAACAGACGAUGCAGACUAUAAAGACAAUGACAUUGAUUACGAUUUAUCAACAAAUAGAUCAAAUGAUAUCAAUAAACCUAAUUCUGUUAAUUUAUGUCGAAGUAAAUCAAUCAAUAAACAGAGGAUAACCGCAUACUCUACAGCACUCGAGUCUAUUCAGGCAGAUAUCGAGCCAAUUGAUCCCGAAGAAGACAUUCCCGCCGGUGGAAUACCAGCCCGUAAUUCAAAAGGAGAGCGACUUCUUCUUUAUGUUGGAAUCAUUGAUAUAUUACAGAGCUAUCGACUCAUGAAGAAGAUGGAGCACACGUGGAAAGCAAUACUUCACGACGGGGACACCAUAUCAGUACAUAAGCCCGGAUUUUAUGCCCAAAGAUUUUUAGAUUUUAUGUCCAAAAAAGUCUUCAGAAAAAUACCAUCACUUGAUAUGCCUGAAAUAAAAGGUCCUCAUCGUAAGUUUCGAACCCUGGUCACCUCUUACAUGGGUAUGGCACUAAAACACUCGCCAUCAAAACGUAAAAUGCAAUUACCAGCCCGUGCGAGACCCCCCUCGACGGGGGGCUCAGAUGGCGAUGUCCUUAAAGAUUAUAUUCACGCCAAUACUAGUCAUAAUAUAGUUAAUAAUGAUAUGCCACCGAUAGGACCGGUUCACAAGUUUCGAUAUUCAUCUGAAGCGGCGCCCAGUCUGAGGACUGUUGUUAUAAAACAAGCGGCCAGUAAACAGUCGGUAGCAUUACCCGAGAAAAGUGAAAUCGUCAGCGUCAAUCAGAUAGCGUUGACUGAAUCGGAAAGCAGUGUCACCAGUAGCUGUUCCAGUGCUACUUCAUCAGGUCUCGGGUCGACAUUGAGGACAGUCACGUGGACACCGCCUCAUAGCAUCGGGGCGUCGACACCGACACAUACGGAAGGAACGCCUUCUAUGACAGAGUCGAGUGAAAGUGGAGAUAUCGCCUGUCCCACAACACCCAUACGGAGUCGGAGCUCUACCCGACACUCGAGAUCGAGUGAAUGUUCCGAUAUGGGCGCCGAUAAUUGCAACGAAUCGAUGCGGUCAACACUGACAGUCAAUCAACAUAUCGAUAGCAAUGACCGCAAUGACAUCGACACCGAUGCCAACUCUCAAGAAGUCACUAAACUAUAGAUAUUAUGGCUAUUAUAUCAAUAUUGUUGUAUUUGUU